GAACGAAAUAACUCAUCACACCAAGGCGUCUAAUUGUGACAGUUUGAAAGUAAGUGAGGUGAAGAUAACACUGAGUAUAUAGGGCUCUAAGAAUGCUGUGUUUGAUGCUUUCGGGCUUUGUACUUCCAUCCUCCUCUAUUGAGAUCAUCUUUCCUACAAUUUUCUAUUUCUGGGCGAAAUCCGUGCUGGCUGGUUCAAAACAUGUGCAAGCGACAGAAGAUCCAGUACCGCUGUGGUCAUCAAGUGUAUUCGGGAGGUAUAGAAUAUUGCUCAAAGGCUAAGAAAGGCGCCGGUGGCAAGCGAAUCAGGUGCGACCAUCAGCGGACAACCACGAUGCGCUCAAGCGGCGAUGUUUGUGGAAAGAGUUCUUGUCAACUUUCAAUACUAAGAGGAAAGUGGGACUGCUGCAAAUGUAAUGAAUGUGGAAAUAAAUUCCCCUUAUGCGAUAGAGGAAGUUGCAACCAUGAAGUAUGUGGGCAAUGCAGAGCAGCAAGAUCAUAGAUGAAAGCUGGUAUGGAGUGCACUGGGAGGAACCACCUGAGUCGAUUAUCAACACCCAACAUACCACACUAGACAUCACUCCUGGUCUA